AUAAUUUCCGUCUCCUAAUAGCCGCUAACGAAACCCUGUUUCCUUUCCCUCUUAAAUUAACGAAUCAUAUACUCAACAAGAAAGAAAGAAAAUCUCAGACUCCAAAAAUGAACUGUUCUCUCUUCAAUCUGCUUUUCCUCCUAUUCCUUUUGAUAACCAGCUUCUCUUUCUCUCACGUCCUUGCUGAUUCCCACUUUGAAGGAUUCGACGCCGAAGAUGAUGAAACCAUUGAGGAAGAGAUCUUAGACCACCACUCGAUCCGAUCGCCGCCUGUGUCUCGGUCCAAUUCACAGCCACUUACGGAUCUUGGAACCCCAACCGAUCCCGACCCCGACUUUGUUCCUGCUUCGGAUACUCCGCCCCAAUCGGAACUUCAAAAGCCAUCCACUAUAUCUUUUGAGUACUGGGAUGAGGACGAAUUCGAGGGUUUACCUGCUGAACAACCGCCCCCCGAACCUGUGAAGGAUACUGAAAACGCCACUCCCGAUGACCCAGAUCCGAAAACGACCUCGAAAUCCCAAGGCGCGACUGUUUCAAAGAAGUCGUUUACGUUGGAGAUUGUCUGUGGGUCUUUCUUGAUUGUUUUUGCAUUCAAUUACUUCACCGGUAAACGUGAAAACGAGAAUCUUGCUUUGGCGUGGGCAGCGAAGUUCGCCACGAAAGGUUCGAUCUUUGAGAAAAAUUUCAGUCUUUUGGGUGUUGGAGAAGGGGAGGACUCGCCUCUGUUGUUGAAAGAAGGGCAAACCGUGUUCAAAUUCUACGCGACUGGGCGAAGGUACUGCCAGGGAUUGCUGGCAACGAUGGAGUUAAAGAGCAGGCAUGAUUUGAUAUCGAGAUUGUUUAAUUUGGUGGUUCCCUGUAAAGAUGAAAUUACUUUUGAAGUUUAUAUGAAUGAUGAAGCCAUGGAUCAGGUGAUUUUCGCUGUGGCAAAGAAGAAGGCGGCCAAGGGGAUGCAAAAAGAGGUGAGAGAUUUGCAGAGGUUUGCAGGGUUGAUGACGAAUCCUAGUGGAAGGAAAUGGGUGGUGGAUGACCUAUCCGUGAUUUCUGAAUCGAAGGAGGUUGCCGGAGAUUUGAUUACCGAGGCUGUGCUUGAGCAGGUUUUUGGUGACAAAGCUUAUGAGAAAUACGGAAAGAAUUUCAUUUCGAUGCAGUUUUCAGAUCAGCAUCCUGGCAUGCACAGGAAGAUGCUCGUGUUUAAGUUUGCCCUCCCCGAUGCCAACAACAUGGCUGACAUCACUCGCUUGGUGGCUCUUGUACCAUACUACAUUGAUUUAGUCGGACGAUAUAAGCUCAGCUCACAGGCUCGAUCCAAAACCGAAACCGCAAGAGUGAAGGCGGCGCAAGAGGCACACAAAGAACUUAAAAACGCUAGGCAAGAAGCGUUGCAGAGAAAGAAGGCAGAGAAGAAGAAGAUGUUGGAGGAGGCAGAGGCGAAGCUCAGCGCAGAAGCGGUUCGCAAGAGAGAAGCGAAAGAACGUGCUCGGCAGAUGAAGAAGGCGAUGCCGAAAAUGAAGAUGACCCGUGCUUGAGGUUAGUAGUAUUAAAUCCUUACUCCGUAGUUGGGUCUCCUCGGCAUAUGCGGGCUUAUUAUUUCCCGUAUCGAUACUGCGAAUGCAUUUUAGUUGUCAACUGCCUUAGCUACUUAUUCAUCACCACCAUAUGACUGUGGGAUUUUAAAUCUACUCGAAGAUGGUGCUCUAGAAACUUAAUAAAUUUUCUUCCAUGGAUGACAUUUCAAGCUUUUGUUUGGGCAAUUCCGAGUAAUGAUUU